AUGGUGGACUCAAACGUCAAGAUGCAAGUCGCAUACGCAUCAGCGAUACUCUCCGUCUUGUGUCUCGGCCUUAUCUGUAUGAAAUUCGGCAAUCAGCAGAACCCUUCAGAACAGCUGGAAGUGUUUCAGAGGAGCGUGAGAGGUCCGAAGGGAAGAUGGGGGGUUCAGUUGCUUGUUCCUUACAGCAAGGCUAGGAAGCAGUCUCUCUGGGGCGGAGAUGGUCUGGUUACCACUGGGGACUACGUAGAUGGUAGGAAGACGGUUCCUGGACUGCAUACCGAUUGCAUCCCUGGAGUGCUCAGGUCGGAUUGCUCUCCCGCACAGGAGGACGGUGCAUGGAGCAAGGAAGCAGCAGCAUACAUCGACCGGCACACCAACGGCAAGCACUCCCAGACGAUGGACGUCCUUCAGAAGAACGUGGACAGGGCGUUCAAAGCCAGAGACGACUUCCUGAACGCGUGCCUGAAGGACUGGAGGAACUGCAACAAGCCUGCCGAGGAAGUGACGGGCUAUGACGACCGCAUCGAUGACCAGAAUGAGGCUGCUACCUUCGGGAUCCAGGGACCAGCGACGACGGACCCAUGGGCGUUCAACUACGGGAAGCCAGCGCUGAAGGAUGCCGGAGUUCCUCCUCCUGAGCAGUACUCGGAGUACAACCCCAGGAUGAGCGACGGAGCAUGGAACGACGUUCCUCUACCGUCAGGAGCGAAUGGGGACGGUCUGCUUACCUCGACUGCAUACUAUGCGUCCGAUGGAGAUUAUCCUGGCAAGAUCUACUAG